AUGGCGUCUACUUUGAAAUGCAAUUGCUGUUUGGCAAUUGUCGUUGUCCUUCUGCUUCUUCUUCCUCGUUCAAAGGCCUUCGGAUUUUCGAAGUCGAGGACCAGAGUUGACUCGGCCAGUAAAGAACGUCGCCCAUUUGCUCCGGAUCAAGACCUCACAGCCCUCAUCAGACAUGAGCCUGUUGAUCAGACCGGCAUCUACACACACGCACUUCAGCUCCUCUCCUCGAUGCAAAGUUCACCAUCCUGCAACCGGCUUGCCGCAUCUACAUUGCUUGAUUCAUGUCAUACCAUUGAUGAUUGGAAUCGGAAUGCAGAAGACUCCCUUGAGGACAUAAGAUCGGUCUAUGCCGCCCAAUUGGCCAUGUGCGAGAUUGUGAGUGCUGGGUCAGCAGUCCCUCAGGCAUGCAGAUCGCUGGACGUUUCACGAGGAACAAAUGUCCAGCAGACCAGCGGCUUCAAAAGCAUUCGCAGUGAUCAAUUGGGCCUUUGCUUGCAGGCAUUGGAAUCAAAGCCCCAAUGGUGGACAAGCUACAGCAACAGCAAGCAAAAUGCAAUGGUGAUGUGUCAGGCCGCUCGUGUGGACAUCGAGAAAGAUGAGCUCAUUAAGCUGCAUAAGUCAGCCGUGGAAAUCAAUGCGGAUGCCAACGCUGCUUUGUUGAGAACUGCGAAAGAAGUCAAUGAUGGGUUGAAUCAGCUUCAGAGUAACUUUGCGCUCGCCAAGCAGAUGUUUCAGGACCAAUUGAUGCAUGACAUCGAAGUUUCAUCCACCAAAACGGAGUCUUUCUUCGAGAAGCUGGUUAAAGGCAUGGACACUGCUGUACAAUCAACCCUCAGCAAGAUGGCAUCGACAGUGAGAGCCAUGGAUUUGAAUGCGGCUAGUUUGAGCGAAAAUGUCCACAAAGCCAAUGUCGAUUCCGCGAACCUAGAGAAAAAUAUUGGAAGAGUCUUUCAACAGGUGGUAACGGGCAGCGCAGAGCUGGCUGCGACUCAGACCGAACAAUGGGAUCUCAGCCGUGUGCUGGCGGUGGAACUGCAGAGCUCUUUACAAAAAUUGAAAGAAGGAGAGAUCGGUCUAUUGCUUGAUGCGUUAGUGAGUAUGCAGGGCCAAUUACAAACCAGCAAUGAGCUGGUGACCUUCAUGUACCUGAGGCAGAAUGAGCUCUACGAGCGCGUGCAAGAUCUCGACCACUCGUUCACCGGACUCGAAUCGAAAGCAGAGACACUUCAUGCAGCUCAGACACGCCAGGCGGAGAUGCAGGCGCAUUUGCACAACCAAACGCGAAUUGAGAUGCUGGCUUCUCAGAGCUUGAUUGUCAACGUAACUUCAAGUGCACGUGGUCUCCAUGAAGCAGUAGAUGAUGCUGCCGCAAAAAUAGCGAAGAUGGCUUGGUUUGGCGCACUUCCCGGAGAACUUUUCAGACUGGGUUGGUUGGUGCUCGCAGUCGCUGUGCUGCACUGGUACAGUCCCAACCACGCGAAGUUCGUAGCGACAGUCAUUGGAUUCAUGAUACUUGUGCACGCCUCUGGUAUACUGAGCGACCUCAAGUCAAUCCCUUCGGACUUGACAUUCAUCCACCAUGCUUCGGGCUACAAAGUCCGUCUGUGGCUACUCAUCAGACUUGCUGCAACGCUAGGUGUUAUCGCCAUAAUCGCUGCUAUUAUCUACCAGCACACGAACGUUUUCAGAGCUUUGCGCUCCUCCAUCGUUAGGAAUAAGCCUUCUGACCUGGCGUUCAUAGGAUUGGAAGUUUCUGAGAGGCAGCACCGUCAGUGGAGCAUCUAG